AUGGUCUCCAUCAUCCGACUGUAUACCUUGGACGACAUCGCCAACUCGACCGACGUCUCGUUCGACAACAAAGAUCACGCGACACUAUCUGCGGUGGAGGUGAAUGUCGGAAUCAUUUGUGCGUGUCUACCAGCUAUGCGACCGCUCUUCGCUCUGAUAGCACCGCAUUACUUUUCGACAGCGGCACAAUACACGGAUCAGCGAGCCUUCGAUAUCGAGCGCCAAAAGCCUGGAGCUGGCCCACGAGCGAGCGUCCGGCCUGGCUUACUCCAGCCCGGCCAAUGCAACGGUCUCAACGCCGGCAGCAUCAAAGUCGCUCUUGACUAUGACGACAUGUCACCGCCACACUCGUUACACCACCACAUCACCGAUGACAACCACGAUGGCCGCACACGUGCUGAGACCAUGUCAUUGGACAGACUCGAUGUCCGCCUCGGGCGCGGGUAA